UACCAUCAAAGAAAUCGUUAGGAAGGAAAAGAGGAAAGAACGGGACGAGCAAAACCAUCAAUCGAUGCACAAGUUCCGAUAAUAAUGAUAAUAUAUUUCAACUUGGUACAUAGUGUCAAAUGCUUUGGCAUGUGAGUUGUUGUAUUUGGUUGAUGGUAAUAUUAGUUAUAAGUUCAGAUCCGUCGUUAACGAAAGGAAACGAAAACGUCGAUUAUUUAAAUAAGCCCAAAUUUCGAUUCAACGAAGUUGCGGAUUUCGCCGAUGUCAUCGAAUCAACCGAAGAGGAACCAAAACAAAUCGAUCGCGCGAAGAAGAACGCGGAAGAAGAGUUUGUACGGAACGAAAGGGAACACGAAGAUGACACGAGCACGUUACGUCUUGCUUUGGAGGCGAAUAAAUUGCUCGAUUUGUCGCUCGAGGGUAAAGAAGAUUUAAGUGUUAAUACGCAACAUAGGCGCAGCAUUCCUAGAAAGUAUACGAAUCUUUUAGAUUUAAAAUAUUAUUAUUCUAAAGGUCUUCCUAUAAGGGGUCAUUUAGCGGGUCAAAAUCAAAAGAAUGGGAUAAGAAAACGUAAUGAUAAUUUAAGAAAAAAACGUCAGCUGGAGGGCGAAGCAAAUUUUAAAUUUAUCCCCGAAAAUAUGGAUACGAAUAUUAAAAGAAAUUCGAUUAAUAUAGUUCCGUUAAUAGCUGAAAGUAAUCCUUAUAUGAGUGAUUUAGCCGAUGCCACAAACGAUGCUUAUUUAAAAAUGAGGAAUUACGCAGCCACUAUAAUGUUACUUUUAACCACUCCUAAAUCUCAAGUUGCAGAACAAAAACAUAUUUAUGAGUAUCAUCCAGCUAAUUCGAUAACCGAAUCUAAUAUUAAACCAGGUUCUAAUUUAAUUAAUUUGAAACAACGGGUUAAAAAAUGUCCUGAUCAAGCUGCGCCAUUAAGUUCUUUUAGUCAAGUUCCUUACACUUUUAGUGUAGUUAGUUCAAGUGUAACAAAUAAAAUUUCGAGCGGUGAAACGAAAGAACGAAAACCAACGACGAUGUCUCCGUUGGCAUGGGAAGCUAACCUUUUGAAAGAUGCGAACAUAAAGUUAAAACGACAAAGUCAAAGUGAUGAAGACACGGAGCCUUUACAACCAAUUGCACAUACAAGUGAAAAUACAAGUAGUCAUUUGGAAAUAUCGAAUAAGAUAUUAACACCGAUUUCGCCCACUGCUGCUUCAGCUCCUUGCGUUUUGAAUAAGGCCAAAGAUCCUGAAGAGGAGGGAUGUGAAGAUAACGAUGAUGAAGAUGAAGAUUGCAGCGAUCAAAACGUUAAUGGGACCUGCCAUCUUACUUCCACGGGUAAACCUCAAGAUGAUAGAAAAGGAGGGCGGGAUGUUCCUAAUCCACCACCACAACAACAACAACAACAACAACAAGAACAGCAACAAGAGCAAUUAGUUGAAUCCGAACAAAGUGGAGGAGAUAAUGAGGCUGGUGUUGCUAAGUGCAAACAAUUUUGGACGGUUCCAGCUGCGGAUAUUCAAAGAGGAGUUGCGGAAGCUGUGCAGAAUCUUGUAGCCCCAGAAAAGCAAUUAAAUGAAAUUAAACCGUACAAAACUGGGACUGCCCAUGAAAGCGAUAGUCCUUGUGUUAAGGGGUUAAUUCCUAAAGUUCAAAAUGUUUUUGAUUUCCCAACGAUGACGAUGAAUCUUGAUAGCAUGGUGUCUAAAAUUUCUAAAUGUAUGAAGUCAUCGGGGGAAACAGCGGAGCAGAAUGCGGGGCCUACAACCGCAUGUGUUAAUAAGUUUGGGAGUAAAAUGGGAAAAUCAGAUUUGAGGAAAAAUAAUUUUAUAAAACAUAACAUAAUUAAACCUAUCGUAAUUAAACCUAAUUUAGUGAAACCUAAUUUAAUAAAAUCUAAAGUAAUAAAAUCAACUGAAAGUUCUCAUCAUCCAUCAAAAUCUGUUCCGAUUAAAACUAAAGGCAUAAAACGUGAAAGUUUAACCAAAACGGAAGAAUCUACAAUAAAUUUGAUUCCAACGCGAAUUUUAGAAAAUAAUUACGAUGAUAAUGUGGAUACAAGUGAUUAUCCAAUCGCGCAAUUAAAGAGAUUGCAACGAGAUCUCUUCGUGGUUACUCAACUUGAAGAAUUAUUAGAAAGAUUAACGGGGGAAAAUAAGAUUAGAAAUUUUCGUGAAGAUCAAAAUUCUCAAUACGAUUAUGAAGAUGACAACGAUUACGAUAAUGUUAAUAAUCAAGUAACAAUUAAUCCGGGUGAUUCUCAAAGAAUUAAAAAACGUUUUUUAUUUAAGAAGAAAAAGCGAAAGAAAAAGAAGGCUAAAAGCGUUUGGAAACAUAUUUUCGGAGUCCGUUCAAAUGAAAAUCGUUUUUUAAACCAGAACUUUCCAAAUUCACAGUACGCGAAGUACCCGAUAUAGACAACCCACGAAAUACGAACAA